UUCCGAACGGAGGGAGUAGCUCCCACUAUAGCAGCAGUUGGCCGUGUUAACUACCUGCACAAAGGAUCUUCACUAGCCGUGAAGCAUGCCUCCGAUGUCAUAGAGUCGCCUGAUGGCACCUUCUCAUUUGGGUUCUACAACCUUUCAUCCACUGCCUUCACCCUGUCGAUCUGGUUCACCAAGUCGGCUGACAGGACCGUCGCCUGGAGCGCGAACCGAGACCGCCCCGUACACGGGGUCGGGUCCAAGGUCAAGCUGAACACCGAUGGAAGAAGCAUGGUCCUCACGGACUACGAUGGCACGGUCGUGUGGCGAACCAACGCGCUGUCCGCGGAGGCCGAUCACGCGGAGCUCAUGGACUCCGGGAACCUUGUGAUGAAGGAUCAAGGUGGCAACAUACUGUGGCAAAGCUUCGACCACCCGACCGACACUCUGCUACCAGGCCAGCCAGUGACGGCCACUGCAAAGCUGGUAUCAAAAGAUCUCUCACACCCUUCAAGUUACUAUACAUUGUGUUUCGACAACCGAUAUGUCCUGUCGCUCGCGUAUGAGGGGCCGGAUCUUUCUAACCACUACUGGCCUAACCCUGACCACAGUAGCUGGAUGAACUAUAGAAUCUCCUAUAACAGUAGUAGGAGGGCUGUGCUUGAUAAGCUGGGUCAGUUUGUGGCUACUGACAACACCACCUUUCGUGCCUCUGAUUGGGGCUUGGAGAUCAAGAGGAGGCUAACACUAGAUUAUGAUGGUAAUCUCAGGCUUUACAGCCUCGAUGAAUUUGAUCGGAGCUGGUAUGUUUCUUGGGUGGCUUUCUCCCAGCCCUGUGACAUACAUGGCCUAUGUGGUUGGAAUGGAAUAUGUGAGUACUCACCAACACCACGCUGCUCUUGUCCUCCCGGCUAUGUGGUCAGUGAUCCAAGCGACUGGAGCAAGGGCUGCAAGCCGGUGUUCAACCUCACCUGCGGCCAGCGUACGGGCUUCGUGCGCAUUCCUGAGACCGACUUUUGGGGCUCCGAUCUGAACUACACCAUGUCAACGUCCAUGCACACUUGCAAGGAGAUGUGCUUGGGGAGUUGUGCAUGUGUGGCAUUCGAGUACAAAACGUUCCCAAACGCCUGCUUCCUCAAGUCUGCUCUCUUCAAUGGCAAGACGCUUCCAGGAUACCCCGGCACGGCAUAUCUCAAGGUUCCCGAGAGCUUUCUGUCGCAGCCGCACACAUCUGACUCUGUUUUCCAUCAUGGUCAUGCUUGUGAUGCGUCAAACAAGCAGACCGUGAGCUAUACCACACACACCAAUGACGGACAGGGAACAAUGUGGCACUACUACUAUUGGUUCCUCGCUGUGUUCUUUCUUGUGGAGGUCUGCUUCAUUGGUUCUGGCUGGUGGUUCAUGUCAAGACAGCACUCGGCACGAUCAGAGAUCUGGGCAGCAGAGGAAGGCUACAGGGUGGUGACGGACCAUUUCCGUAGUUUUACACACAAGGAACUGCGGAGGGCCACUAAGAAUUUCAAGGAGGAGCUUGGCCAUGGGCGACAUGGCUCUGUGUACAAGGGGAUUCUGCACGACAGCCGUGUAGUCGCAGUCAAGAAGCUCAACGACGUGAAGCAAGGUGAAGACGAGUUUGAGGCCGAGGUGAGCGUGAUCGGUAAGAUCUACCACAUGUACCUGGUGAGGGUGAUGGGUGUAUGCUCAGAGCGCAGUCACCGGCUGCUGGUCUACGAGUAUGUAGAGAAUGGCUCACUGGCUAUGUUCUUGUUCGGCGACAAAGGGCCACUGCAAUGGCAUCAGCGGUACAGGGUCGCGGCUGGUGUGGCCAAAGGCCUCGCGUACCUUCACCAUGAGUGCAUGGACUGGAUCAUUCACUGCGACGUGAAGCCUGAGAACAUACUUCUAGACAUGGAUUUCGAUCCCAAGAUCAGCGACUUCGGGUUCGCAAAGCUGCUGCAGAGAGGCCAGGCCGAUCCCGGCAGCAUGUCCAAGGUUCGUGGAACCAGAGGCUACAUGGCCCCAGAAUGGGUGUCCACCGCCCCCUUAACUGAAAAAGUGGAUGUCUAUAGCUACGGGGUGGUGCUGCUGGAGCUAGUCAUGGGGUCUCGAGUAUCCGAGCGGGCUACUGAUGGCCGCGAGGAUGCAGAGGCUGCACUGCGGCAGCUAGAGUGGACAAUCAAAGAGAAGAUGGAAAGUGACGACCUGACAUGGAUUGAUGGCUUUGUGGAUCCUAGGUUGGAGGGUGACUUCGUGUAUUCGGAGGUGCUGUUGAUGCUGGAGGUGGCUGCUCUGUGCUUGGAGAAGGAAAAGAGCCAGAGACCGAGCAUGAACCAUGUGGUUCAGAAGUUCCUCUCAUUUGACUGAAUUCGGUAACUUGUACUGUGUUGCCUUUGUUCUUAUUACCUUGCUGAAUGUCAUCUAUGUAUGUGCCCUUAAAUCUCUUUGGUGUAGCAACUAUUUGUUUGUUGAGUAGCAUACGUGAUGCUGCUGCUGUAAAUUUUGUUAUGUGAGGCUCCCCCAUUUUAUGUGUUAUGUUUGCAUUGUUGUCCUCUCCUCCUCCUGUACUCUAGAUCUGUUAUGUGUGGUCUGCCUAUUAUCCUGAAAUAUCUUGCUUUGCAUUGAAACCUAUAGUUCAAUUUCUUCAGGAUACCUUGUUGAACUUGGGUACUGCCAUGAGAUAGCUUGCCUGAGCUACCUUGUACGUUACAACAGCUCAAUUUCCCAUCCAAGUUCUGCAAUAUGCAUGCAACAAGUAAUUUCCUUACUGUUAAAACAAAUAAUAAUACCUUCGAAAAUUCUGUAGUAAGAAAACUUGAAGAAAAAAUGUUGUGAAAGGACAAAUUGGAAAGUAAUAGUGCAGAAAAACACAAAUAAACCUAGAUAUGGUGCUCACAAAUAAUCUGUAUAUUGUCUUAUAAUACAUUACGACAUCAUACUGGUUAAUCGAACCAUAUCAAACAAAUAUGAUAAUAUUAUUUUUGACAGAAUAUUUGAUAGUGUCUUGGUAGAACAAAUUUAUGAUGUUCUUGAGAGAUCACAACUUGGUGAAAAAAAAAUCAGAGAAAUGCAUCCAUCAGUUUUACUUACCACCCAUCCAAAAUAUUAUACUGAAUAUAACUCUUCAAGCAUAGUAAUUUUCUGGUUUAUGGUUAUGCUUGCUCACAGUUGCUUUCCUGUUGUAUAUCUAACGGCGACAGGGGGGCAUCAUG